AUGAAGUUCUCACUUUUCGCCAUUCCGGCUUUGUCCCUCCUGGCAUCUGCUGCCCCAACCGCUUCCAACAAUGCCGUCGAGCAGCGUGCGGCUGCAAGCCCACUGGAGCAGUGGAUCACCGGCCUCACCACUGAAGUCAAGGGUUACACCGCUCACCUAAGCCCUAGCCAACACGUGCCAAAUAUCAUGGUGCUCCAAGUUUGA